AAGUGAGGAAGUCCUGUUAUAUGCAGGAUGGUUUGGUUUUGCUGUCACCGCCGAAGUUUCACUUCUGACAUGCAGGUAUCCAAGUCGAUUUCAUCUUUUUAAUUUAUGGUGAACCGUGCGCUGCUAAUAGAAGGACAUGCACGUCUAUUUAUUGUUACUGGUCCUCGAAUGGAUGAUUUCUUCGUUUUUGUAUGCAAAAGCUACCACUUUUUCUACAGUGCAUUCAGAAAUGGGAAACUCGCUUAUUUUACACUUGGAAAAAGAAGUGCAAGAGAAACAAAUUCACGAAAUCACAUGGAAAAAGGACAAGGCACCUCUGGCAAAAUUAAAAAACGGCACACUCCAUUCCAAUAGUAUGUCAGUACAUAUAUUUCCAAAUGGUACCUUGCUGUUGCGUAAAACUCGAAACACCGACUCUGGAAAUUACACUGUGGAGAUUUACAGCAAGGAUGGCAAGAGCCUCAGCAAAGCGGUCUAUGGCGUCUAUCUAGCAGCUCCAACAGUUUAUGGGAUUUCAAAGAAAUCACUGUUUCUGUAUUUAAAGAAUAAAAUUCAAAAUAAUACUCAGAGCAUCAUUUGGAAAAAGAGUGACACAGGUGUCAUAACAGUAAAACAUCUUUCUGUUCCUGACAUUUCUAAAAAUUCGGACACGAGAUAUAGUGUUUUCGAAGAUGGAACUCUGAGGCUGGAUGACGUUGAACAAAAUGAUACUGGUAGUUACACAGUGGAGCAAUCAGACGGCAACAAAAUUUUAGAUACUGAAUAUUUUGAGCUAAUCGUUUUUGAAACCGAUUAUUUUGAAGAGGAAGAAGGACAGGAAGGUGACUCAGCUGAGCUCAACCCCCUGCCCUGGAGAAUGUUCAACGGCUCCCAUUUUGUGUGGAAGAAGGACAACAGCACUGUAGCAGAGUAUAAACUGGAGUCAGCCACAUGCUUCAAGCAAUUCCAAAACCGAUGCGAGGUGGAUGGAAACGGCACAUUAAAGCUUACCAGACUGCAAAAGGACGACGGUGGAAUCUACAUUAUCCACUUGUACGAAAACGGGAUGAUCGAGGAGGUUGGAGCUGUUUGUUUAUUCAUCAGCAACACAAUUGAAGACUCUCCAAUAGCCAUGACCACAGGUACAAAAGCACAUUUGUUCAUCAAAGCAAGUCCUUCUGAAAAAGUUUAUGAUAUUCAUUGGAAGAAGCGAGAUUCUCAUAUUGCACAGCUCAGUGGUCAAUCCUAUAAUUACUACUGGCCCUACAAAAACAGAAUAUCCGUUCAUCAGAAUGGCUCUGUGGAAAUACACAAACUCAAGAAGGAUGACUCGGGAGAAUACAGCGUUGAGUUUUUCUAUAAACAUGGAGUUAAAGAAAAAAGGAUCGUCAGUAUAUCUGUAGAAGAUUCUUUAUCACGGCCUACUGUAAAAGUUCAGUGCUUGUCGGAAAGAGAAGUCAAGUUUGAGUGUCUCUCAAAUGAGUACUCAGGGGUCUCGCUCAGGUGGCUGCUGAACGAGGAAACACCUGUGACCAAUAAAACUUUGAACAGCAAGAGGAAAAACAACAUUUUGCUGCUUCGGGGAAAACUCUUUGGUAACAUCUCUUGUCAUGUGGAGAAUAAAGUCAGUAAAAACAAAAGUGAUGUUGUCCCCUUCUUCUGUGAAGUUUUCCUAACUGUGAGAGUCAUCUACUUGCUCGUAUGCUUGUGUUCCCUCGUGAUACUGUUGAUCAUCGCUUUCUUCAUUUUAAUGUGCUGCAAAUCACAAUACAAAGCCAGGAGGCAGAGAUGUUAUCAAAGGCAAAUCUUUUUGAAUGACGAAGUGGAGGACGAUGAUUCUGAAGGAAACGAGCCACAAAGUAACUCAGAAGAUGAGAAUGAAGACCAGAGGUCCCAAACUGAAUGAUUAUUCUGAACUGCUGAUGAAUAAAAAAAGAUGGAAGAAAAUCUUGCAAUACCUGUGCA